AUGAAUGACGCGACUAAUGCUCGACGCGCUUAUCAGAAGUCAAUUUCUGUAGAUCCAAAAGCUCAAGUUAUUCUCAACUAUGCCAUCUUCGAAUAUCGUCAGAAGAAUAGAGAUGUCGCAAGGGAUGCGCUUACACAUUUCAAAACAGUAUCCUCGAUGGCGGGUGGUUGUAGAAAGGAUCUGCUUAGUAAAGCCGACCAAUUGGAUGACGCGUUGCUUUCCAUACCACAUGAUGAAGAAGCAACUUAG